AUGGAGGGCAAGGACUUUAAUACGGAAACAACUUGGCUAAGAACGCCGAAUUCAACCACAGAUCCCGAGUAUGUUUUUCAGGGAUUCCCCGGACCGAAUUCGCCGUACACUACCUAUCAGGCAAUAGCACUAACCCUGGUUCUGAGCUUGAUCGUGAUAGGCACGAUAAUAGGGAACAUUUUGGUCUGUGUGGCGGUAAUCCUCGUCAAGAAGCUGCGGCGGCCUUGCAACUAUCUGCUUGUCAGCCUUGCGGUAAGCGACCUUUGUGUGGCGAUUUUGGUGAUGCCGAUGGCCCUGCUCUACGAAAUCCUGGGCAGCUGGUCGCUGGGACCAACAAUGUACCGUGCCAUAUCAGAGCCUCUGGUCUAUGUGCAGAAGAGGACAAAAGGACGCAUGCUAACCUGGGUGUUCCUUGUCUGGCUGGUCGCCGCAUGCAUAAGUCUCCCGCCGGUCCUCAUCCUAGGCAAUGAUCAUAAAUACGUCAACGGCGCUUGGCACUGCGAUGUCUGUCAAAACUUCGGAUACCAGAUCUACGCAACUCUUUUCAGUUUUUACGGUCCUCUCACUGUUAUGAUCUUAGUGUACUACAAGAUAUUCCGAGCAGCACAUAAAAUCGUGAAGGAUGAACAGCGUGCUCAGCGUCACCUCGGGGCGCAUUGCACCUUGGAGAUAGAACCGCCGGUGGACCACACAAGUAUUAUUAAUCGAGCGUCUAAUACAGACAGCCAAACUGCACACAACACUCCUACAAUCAAGCAACACCGCAGCUCCAGCGCUUCAACAACGGUCAGCUCCUCGACGACAACUUUGCGACCAGUGGGUGCCGGUAACAAGUUUACAAUUGCAAGGAACCACCUAAACAGCACUUGCAGCGUAAGUUCCCCUCACAAGAAAAAACAGAAGAUUAAUUUGGUGAACGAGCGAAAAGCCACGAGAACCCUGGGAAUAAUAAUGUCUGCCUUCACAAUAUGCUGGUUACCAUUUUUUGUUCUUGCCCUAGUUAGACCCUUCCUAUCGGAUCCUAAGAGUAUUCCGAAGAUCCUGUCAAGCUUUUUUCUUUGGCUCGGCUAUUGUAAUAGUCUGCUCAACCCUAUUAUCUAUGCCACCCUCAACAGAGACUUCCGCAAGCCCUUCCGUGAGAUACUCUGUUUUCGGUGCAGCAAUCUCAAUCACAUCAUAAGGGAGGAAUUUUACCAGAGUCAAUACGGCGAUCCUGUUAAUAAUUACGUCGUUAGACCUUGUGAUGAUAAUAAUGACGAUAAUGACGACGACAGCGACCAACGUUGUAACAACCACGUUGCUGAAUCUGUCAGUUUUGCUGCUAACCCUGCUAACGAAAGUUUUCUAUGA